GUUGAACCACACCUCGCCUCAUAUGCAGGCGGACAGGGACAUGGCGACCCCGCAAACCGCUUCAAGACCUGCCUGGGCAGUCUGUACCUACCAGGUACUAGCACCGAGGCAAAGCCGCUCGUAGUGCCCGGCAGGUGCUGUAGGACGGCACUACAGGUACCUUAGUACAUCCGCGGUGGGCAGGAUAACAUGGAAGCGCCGUACCGAGUAUAGUACCUAUACCUCUCUCUGGUUCCAACUCCCAUCCAUCCAUCCCAAUUGUACAAGCAGCAAGUCCUCUCUCGCCAUCCAUUCACACAGCGCAGCACCACUACCAGCAACCCAGCCAGCCAGCCAGCCAGCCGUCCGCCGCUGGCUCCUCUCAUCGUCUUCGCGAGCGCAACUUCCUCUUUCUCCCUAAACCUCCUCGCGUGGCCGGCUCUCCUCCCUUUCCCGUCUCUCCUCUCCCCUCCCCUCCCCUCCUCUCUCUCCUCUUCUCAUCAUCUAGACCAGCCAGCGACGGCCUCGUUACCAUCUUUCCGUCUCUCUGUUCGUCUACCUGCGACGGUGCGACUUCAUCGCUUCCGCGCUGCGUUGCCCGGCUUGCGCUCUUCAGAGCCCUUCAAAUCGACCCGGGCUUCUCGUCGUGGCUGGCCUCGAUCCCGAACCCCCCCUCCCCCUCGUUCGCCACCAUCUAUCCACCGCGCCGGAUCCAAGGGCCACCCCCGCCUCGCCAUAGCUUCUCACCUGGCAGUCGCCUGCCUGUCCUGCGUCUGAACUGGCGUCGGCGCCUCUCCUUUGUGGCAAAAGCCGUUGCGCAGCAGCAGCCUCCUCUUGCCGCGGCCACGCGAGGUAGCUUCACGUCGAGCGAAGCUACGUCGCGAGCCGCCGGAGCGCUGGCGCUCAAUCUCCUCAUGGGAUCACUAUGAUGCCCAUGCAGCGCUCCUUGUCCUCGCCCGUCUGCACACGUUCCUCUCCCCGUACGUUGCUGGCUGGCGCGCGCGCCUCUGCCUCCCACCGCACGACCCCGCGACGGACCCGUGUUGCUAACCUCUCAUGCCGCUCGUGUAGCCGUGUCGCCUACCGUUGCACACAUCUCGACCUCGCCCACUCCGUCGCCUGACGCGCAUGCAGCGGCCGCUCCCAAGGCUAGGCGCCAAGGGUCGCGCAGCCCGUCCCGUGCGUCCGACGCCACCCACAUCCCACCGCGGCGUCGCGCCGAGGAUUCCCAGCGCCGCGGCCGCACCCAUCGUCAGAGCCCGACGGCGACGUUUCGACGUCCGCUCGUCGCCCAGCUCUCGACACCGUCGCCCGCCGGCGGCGCGCGUCGCGAUGCCAGGGAUCGGUCCGCCACGCCCCCUCGUGCCCAAGCCGACAAGAUCCCCCAGUCCCGGUCCAAGCCUCUGUUGGACGAUCUCUCCUUGUACACGAACCCGCACCUGACCCGCGACAACGAGAGCACCACGCUCGAGGAGCUGGCCCACGUCGUGCGCCUCUCCAAAUACCAGGAGCGCAAGCGCGCCAACACCCGCAUCCGCUUACACAGGAACCUGGUCUCGACCGCCCUCAGCGCCCGGCUGACGAGAUGCGGCGAGAUUGCCCACCGCAACCUGGUUGAUAACUUCCGCAAGGAUGACAAGGAUAGCUUCGCCCUGCUGUACAAUGCCAUUCACGACGUCCGAAAGAGCUGCGACGAGCUGCGUCGAUACGCCUUGCUCGAGCCCGAGAUGGAGUCCCUCUCCUCACCGGCUCUGGCUUCGUCUGACAGCUUGGACACGCCCACUAAUUCCGUAAUCGGCGUUGGACCCCUUCGCUCCAUUGCCCCCUUCUUGCAUGAUAUUUCCGCGUCAGCCAGAGAAACGUUUCUUGAUUUCUUGUCUCAGCUUCGCACCAACCCGGACUACCUGGCCACCCGGAUCUGUGCGCUGACAAGCUCCGAGCUGAACGCCUUCCUCAGCUUUCACAAGGGCUUGGAGCCGGUUGAGUCGGUGCUGCCCUUCCAUGGCCGGUCCGGCACCCGGUCCCACUCGGGCGCACCCGCCCGGAACGGCCACAAUGCCGACAUCGAGCGGCUGCUUUCUUUCCAGCGGCACGACCCGCUGUCCAUCUUGAUCCAUACUUGCUUUGCUAACUCGGCGGGGCCGGACAGCUUAGAGGACCAGCGGAGGACUGACAUCUGGUCCACCGUCUUGGCAAGGCUCAUCCAGCAGCCCAAGUCGAGCAGCGAGCACUUCUUGAUAUCUGUCUUGAACAUUUGGACUGCUAUGCGGGACUGGUCCGGAAAAUCCAACAUGGAGUGGUACCUCAUGAAGAUUCUCGAAGAUGGCGCCUUUCUCUUGGACAGGGCCGAGGACCAGCACGGAACACGCUUCAACCUCUCAGACUGGAACCAGUCCGACGAGCUGGCCGCCAAGGCCUUUUAUGACAAGGCUGUGGACGAACUCUUCGAGCUCAUCGACGACGAGGACGCAACGGGCAUACCCGAGGGCCUGCUGGAGCUCGGCAAUGCCAUCAUCAAGAAGCUCGACAGCAAGUAUGUCGAAAACACGUCCAAAUGGUUUGUUUGGAGAUGUCUCUUCUUUGUGUUCCUCCUCGGGGUCAUUGUCCAUCCAGAGUCGUAUGGAAUGCUGGCCGAAUACCACAUCACGCCCUAUGCCAGGGAGAAGAUUUUGAAAAAGGUCGCCAUGAAGGCCCACGAGUACGUUUCCAGCAUGUGGAGCGGUAAGCCCUCGGCCACUUGCGUUCCUGUUCAGGUACCACCCAAGAUCAAGGCCCACGUGGAAGGCAUACUGGCUAGAUUCCAAGGCGCACGGUCCAAGGUACCCGCUGCCAAGCUGCUUCCUGCUAGGUCCAUCACGUCUUUGAGAGAAACCGUCGAGGUCCACCCAUACCUGGUCAUCAGUCCCGCGGACUUGCUCACGUUGGUGAAUGCCCUGUUCCCCGAGAAGAGACCACUCUCAGCAGGCUCGAGCAUGCGGUCCGGUCAGGUUUCCGUCUCAGGCCUGUCGGCCAUCUCACAGCCCAUCGCCAUGGUGGGUAGCAGGGCCAACUUCGAGACCGCGUCCAUUAUUAGCACCAGUGUUUCCUCGGCACUCAGCGACGGCGCUGCUUCACGCGAGGGCCUUUCGGACGAUCACAAUACGGCUACCCCACAACGGUAUAGCCCCCCAUCUGUCGACCCCGAGGCCCAGAGGCGCUUGAACAAGUACGAGGACGACGGGUACCGUCUGCGGCUCGCCCUUCACGAACUGAGCCAGAAUCUAGGGCCCGAGAACCUGCGGGGAUCCUGCCACCCCUGUGCAGAACGGUGGGCUGUUCUCUUUGUAUCAUCCGAUGGGCGUGCAUUAUCUAUGAACAUGACGUAUGAUCCAGAUGAUGAGCGUGACGAAGAGGAAAAUUCCUCGAGCGUCGAUACGGACGACGAAGAUGGUGAGAGUGGCCCAGAGCUCGACAAGGACUACCAUCAACUCCGAGACUCUAUUCUCAGGCUGGUGGAGGACUACGAGAUACCACGCAGUCUGGAAGCCGACAGCGAGAGAGCCCAGCUGAGCAAUCGCGCGUCGAGACUCAAAAGGUACAAGUCCAGGACCAAGAUCAUCACUCCGGAAAAGACCAUGUCCAGCAGAAACCCAUACCGACAGCACGUCGCCAAGGAACCGACAUCAAGUACCUCGGACGGCGUCGUCGACGAGCCUGAUCCCAUCCUGAUUACCAUGCUCAAGGCGGCUUCCGCACGAUCCAAAGCGCAGGCUGACUUUGUCUCGGCUCACGCAUACUGGAAGACGCUGAAACAACUCAACGCACUGGGGUCCCAGUCUCUCCGCGAGAACGGAUUCGCUGUACUCAUCAACAUAUUCUCCCGUGGCCCCAAGGACUCGAUACGAAGGUCCGCGGCGGCUAUUGAGGAGUACGAUGCGUGGCUGGUGUGGCUCAAGCAGAGCCAAGAGAGGCACGAGGGCCUGAUCGAUCAGAUGAUGAGACGCGUCAGGGCCAUGCGAGACAAAAUGUGGUUCGUCACGGACGUUCGGAACUCUAGGGAGUACGCACACAGCCGCGAUGUCUGCCAGGCGCUCAAGACGAUGGGGAUGCCCCGGCGGUGGAACUCGUUCCAGCGAUCGCGGACCAACACGAGCCGCGGCCAGAGCGCCUCAUAUCUUUACCGCACCGAGUCGCAGGUCAUGGACCUGCUAGCAGCAUCCGAGGAACAGGGCGGGCCAAACAAGCUCAGCGAUGAUCAAGCCGAGAAGACUGCGCUAUGGCUACAACAAUACAACGUGGAAAACUUUUGCCAGAGCGAAGAAAGGAUCCACCGGUUCUGCUGCGAGGUUGACCGCUGCAUCUCACAGCUGAUUGGCGAGACGAUACGCGAAGCACCAGUCUUGUGGUCGAGCGAACUCUACAAGCGCGACAAGAUUGUGUAUGACCGCAUGCGAAUUCGCGAGCGAGAGCAGACCGCGGCGGCGGACGACAGCUCAAGCCUCCUUAGCGAUGGUGACCGCCGCUUUGCCUCGUCGCUGAACCGCUCCGGCGCGUACGCCCGGGAUCUUCGGGGCGUUGGCAGCCAGCACCACCUUGACUCGGCUCGAGCUGGCAGCCGUGCGGGCGCCCAUCUGUCCGACAUCGUGGACGGCCAGGAGUACUUUGAGAAGGCAUCUCCAAUCCACACCAUCGACUCGGCCAGCACGUUCUGGUCGCCAUUCCAGCCUGCCAUGUCCCCCGGCUCGCUAGCCUCGAGAGCCUACUCUCCGACGACCAGCCUCACCAAUCUGUCGACGACAUUCUCAGGACCGCUGUAUCACUCGCAGCUACCAUCAAGCUCCAGUGUCUCUUUUGGGCGACCGGCCACGUCGGCGUCUUCCAACGAGACGGUCUUCCCUCCAAGAGCAGAAGACGAGAAAAGCCGCUUUCUGAACGAGCUAAGGCGGUCGGUGACCAGUUUGCUUCUAUCCGACCUUGGGAACCUGGUACUCGCCCGCGGGUCGGAGACGGAUGUCUGGUUUGACAACCUUGGACAGCAGUGUAUCGACAGGAAAGAAGCGCUCGAUCGACGAGCCCGCCGCCGAUCCGAGAGAAGAGAAAAGGAUAGACAGAGCAAAAGCUCUCCUAGGCCGAGAGUCAUUGAGAAGAAGAAGAGCUGCAAUAACCUGCGCGGCGUUGGAGAUGGAGCAGGCGAGCGAUCAUCUGGCUCCUUGGAGGCGACGACGCCCAAGCCCGACCAGGAAGUUUCAGCCGUCGGCAGCGGUGGUGAUGGGCACGGCCGGCCAAUACAAAAAGAAACGGCUUCCGACUUUCCUUUCAAAAAGGCGUUCCAACGACUUCUCAACAUGUUCUCCGUCCAUCCGAACCCCCAUGCCAAGCUCAAUGCGCUUAACGAGCUGGAGCAUCUUAUCGUGGCAUCGCUGUUGUCCAGCGGGUCGAAACGGCCGAGGGCGAGUCGAUCGGACGCUGGCUCAAGCGUGGUCGUCGCUGAAGAGAACGGGGCCAUCAACCGUCACGCCCAACUGGAAGGCACAAUCGAUAACAUCAAGGAGCGCCGGUCUCAAGCUCUCCAGUCGUCUCUGCCGUCUACAGGGCUGGUCUACCAAUCUCGGCAAUCCAACUCGGAGACGCGGUCCGUCUUGUCGGGAAGCGCAUCCAACACGGACGCAAUCACAAAGGAGCUACAGAUGCUGUUUCGUGACGCGUCCAUCCGGCCAAAAUCAUUGUUCCGCGAUCUCCAGAUGAUAGCGUCAUUCGUCCCACCGAGCAUCCUAGACAAGUCGGACAAGGGAAAGGCGUUUUGGAACACGGGCUUGGCGGCUCUCAAGGUCAAGUCGGAGGUGUGUCGAACCAUGGUGGAGAUGGCCGACGAGAUCAUCGCGGCCCGCGCGAACACGCGCAAGUCGGCGGGCGAGGGAGGCGGGCCCGUGGCGGAGGCAGUUCCCUCGGCGACGGGCACGCCGCCUCCUCCGUCGAGCACAUACAAGAUGGACGACGCAGGGAAGAUGUGGGCGAUUACGGCCAAGGAAGGGUAUGCGACGGCGCAGCGCGAGCUGGCUCUCUUCUACCUGUCGAACCCCGAGUUUGUGGAGAGAACGACGCUCCCGCUGUCCAAGCCCAGGGAGGUUUUCAAGCAGGUGGUCAUGGAGAAGUAUGGACGGACGGAACGGGCGCGAGGCAGCGUGGGAGGACCAAACGCGGGCGGCAUGGGCGGUGGCAGCGGCGGCACGCGGCCGCAGGGCAUGUCGGCCAACGCCCCGGACGGAUUAGCCAUGGGCACGACUGAAGGCGACGUCAGGAACGACGCGGGGAUCAUGUGCGUGGCGGUGCACUGGAUGGAAGCGGCCGAACAAGGCGGCGACGAGCUGGCGUCGAGUUUCUUGCGGCAAAACGAAUUUGCGGGUCUGUCGUGAUGUUGACGACUCUGCUCACACGAUGAUGUACGUGCGUGUACGUACAGGCGGGCGAGCGAGCAAGCGGUCAUGGAAGUGUUAUAUAUGGGAGACGGCGCUCAGGUACACGAUACGACGACUACUUAUAUAUACAUGCACGGGCCAUUGGGCAGGUCGAAGGCGAAUAGAUUGUGGGCAUGGGUCCUUGGCGUCAACUCUCGGGAUGGGAGUCGGAUGAUAGAUGUAUAGGGCGUUAUUGUCUCAACGAGUCGGGCAGGUAGGCUGGCAGGCAUGCAGGAUAGACGAUGCUGGUAGCUUAGUACGGCUGGAACGCCCUGUUUCGCGGGCUUAGGUCUGAAAUGGAGAGGCAAUCUGUCAUAUCAAUGGCAUACGUGCCUGGCGCGAGAUGCACGGCGUAUGUAUGCCUGUGUUGGGUUCCCGAUUUAGGAUUAAAAGCUAGCUGCGACACGACAUGACUAACAAGCAAAGGUC